UCGGCUCGGCAGCACCAAUAUGGCGGCGCCCUGUGGCUCCUCGCAAGUUUCGGCCGGCGCGCCGCCGCUGAAGACGCCCAAGAUGGAGGUGAUGUCGCCGGGCUCUCCGGGGGCCAUGAGCGACGGCAACCGCAGCCUGUCGGAGCCCUCCACGCCCAGCGGCGCCUCGCCCCUCGGCCCAGCGGGACCGGGCUCCCUCACGGCAGCGGCGGCGGCAGCCUCGGGCUCGAGUGGCGGCGGUGCGCGCGGCGGGGCCUCCCCCUCGGCCUCGGCCUCUCCCUUCUCCCCCGGGGGCGCCUCAGCGGCGGCGGCGGCAGCAGCGGCGGCGGCCUGCCGGGGCAUGUCGUGGACGCCGGCGGAGACCAACGCCCUCAUCGCGGUCUGGGGCAACGAGCGGCUCGUGGAGGCGCGCUACCAGCAGCUGGAGGGCGCCGGCACCGUCUUCGGGAGCAAGGCCCCCGGGCCCGCCAUGUACGAGCGCGUCUCGAGGGCCCUGGCCGAGCUGGGAUACGAGCGCACCCCCUCCCAGUGCCGGGAGCGCAUCAAGACCCUUCGCAGGUGUUACAGUCGAGUGAAGGAACAUGGUGUUGGGAAAAGGAAAAGCAGUUACACAUUUGAACAGUUGGAGCAAGUGUUUGGUCAAGGAGGAUGGGAUUCUCAACCUUGCCAACCAGUGCUUAUCAACAGUAGUGGCCUAUACCAAGAGCUUGAGUCAGAUGGCAGUACAAUGGAGGAGUACUCACAGGAUGAAUGGGGGAACCAUAGUCAGGAGCUUCAUUGCUACCAGUCAGGAGACCAAGAAGUGGAUGAGAUCCCUACUAUGAAAAAACCAGUGAAGAUAAAGCAAGAAUCUUCCGAAGAAUCCCAGAAGCGUGAUACAAUGCAGAAUAUUGUACAGAUCUUGGAAUCCGUCCAGUUAAAGUGGGAACAGUUUCAGAGCUGGACAGACUUCUCUAGGCUCCAUCUUUCUAACAAACUCGCCAUCUUUGGCAUUGGCUAUAACACGCGGUGGAAAGAGGAUAUUCGAUACCACUACGCUGAAAUCAGUUCCCAAGUUCCCCUUGGCAAACGUCUCCGGGAAUAUUUCAACUCGGAGAAGCCAGAGGGCAGAAUAAUCAUGACCAGGGUACAGAAAAUGAACUGGAAGAACGUUUACUAUAAAUUCCUUGAGAUCACUAUUAGCGAGGCCCGGUGCCUGGAGCUUCACAUGGAUAUUGACUGGAUCCCUAUUGCUCAUUCCAAGCCAACAGGUGGGAAUAUUGUCCAGUAUUUAUUACCUGGUGGCAUUCCUAAAAGCCCUGGUCUGUAUGCCAUUGGAUAUGAAGACUGUCACGAGAAGCCACGGUCUCCUGACCAUGAAGUCAUCACCCACGACCCUGAAAACGAGACUCUGGGGGAAGUGGAAAUGCCCUUGACGCAAACCUCCGUCAAAGUGGAGAUGCAAUCUACGCGAAUCAUAUAUUGUUACCUCGGCAUUGCUGAGGUUAGGACUCUCCAGCAGUGCUUGUUCUUACACUUUCAGGCAAACACCAAAACCUUCAGCAAAGACUGGGUUGGGAUCAAUGGAUUUUUAUCUCAGAACUGCAUUGUAGACCCAGGGAUUUCUCCCAAGUCCAUCUACAUCAAAUUUGUGGAGGUGGAAAGGGACUUCCUUUCUGCUGGCUCAUUGGUAGAGUGCCUGGAAAAAGCCAUUGGGUACUCCUUGAAAUUUAACAACUGAGUUCCGUCCUUCAUAAGGAUCAGGGCUUUGACUCCUGGGUGGCAUUUGGGCAUCUUUAACUGGACGAAAGGAGCCUUUGUGAAAGAACUUGAAUGACAACAAAUCCAUAUUUGGAGGCGAUUUCCCAAAAAGUGUUUCCUAAGUCAGUGAAAUAUACAUUCUAUUUGCUUGGGCCAAUCAGCAGGUUUUGAAAAGCAAAGACUUUGAAAGGGAGCCUUGUAAAUAUAGUGACUGUUGGUACAUUCCACGUCGAACGAGCGUACACUUUAAGUUUUCAUACGAAAAACUGUUUUCCACAAUGUCUCAUUUUUACACAUCUGUCUCUCUAUAUGUGUUAUUACAGCUGUGUAAUAAAUAAGCAAUAGAUCAUGGCAGGUUUCAAUUUGGAGUCACACAAGACUGCUUUUCAGUGCCACUUUUAACCUCUCUUGUAUAUAAGUUAUAGCAUUUCACACUUUUUCAACCAUCAAGUGUUUUUUACUAUUUCCAACCAGUGUUGCCUGCAAGAUACCUUCUGUUUCUGUGAUAUAUCCCACUUUCCUAGUAGUGUUGCCAUAUCAAUUUUAUUUUUGUUUUGUUGGAUUUUUUUUUACAUUAAAGUAAUUCUGGUCUUUUUUUACAAAAAAAAAAGGUUAUCCUUUUUGUGUGGCAGUGAAAGUAACUCAACCACUGGGAAAUGUUUAAUCAAACCAUGCUUUUUGUUAAAUGCAAUCAAAGCUGUGAGAUAGGGGCGGGACAGGGUGGGAAUGGGAAAGUUGUGGGAUCCGGGGUACUCAGCAUUUUUAAUGCCGCGUCAAAAUAUCACUAUAUAAACCCCAUUAUGCUGCUGGCAAGUUCCAGAUUUUUUUACAUUUCUUUUUUUAAAAAACUUCAUUGAUCCGUGGAAGUUGUGACAUAACAAUGAAUGUGUCAGUCCAAAUAAAAGCAAGCAAAUCCGUCGAUUUUUCAGAAA